UGAUGUGUAUAUAACCUGCAAAUCUCCACAGAGGGGCAGAACAACACUGACAGAACAACUGAAGGGAUCUUAACCAAAGACACUAAUACAAUUCCUGAUCUACUGACCUUAACAGAAAAAAAGAUGGAAUCUGAGAUGAAAUGCAACGUGACCGAGAUGUGGAGCCACAAGAUGCCCAUGGGACUGGACUUGGAAGUUACCCAUCAUCCACGCACAAUGAAGCAUGUGGUCAACCUCAUCAUUGCCAUUGAGAGGUUAAAGAGCAGCAGCUCAGAGUUACUGCUGAGCGCCUCCGAGUUCAGAGAUGAAAACCUACUCAGCUUCGUGCUGGAGAACAUAGUGGAAGAGAAAAUUGUGUUCGAGUGUGCUUCAGCUGCACCAGUUCAGUACACAAAGACAGCGGAUUACCAGUGCAGCGUGACCGACAGCGAGAAGAGGAGCUUAGUCCUGGUCCAAAACAGCAUGGAACUACAUGCUGUGAUGCUGCAGGGAGGCGCUGAGAACCGCAAAGUUCACUUGAACAUGGCGACCUACGUGGACCCUGCACCCAGUGCUGAGGCCCAGACUGUGGCUCUGGGCAUCAAGGGCACAAAGUUCUAUCUCUCUUGCCAUAGGGAUGGGGACAACGACCCAACCUUGCAUCUGGAGACAGUGGAAAAUUCAGCCAAUCUGGCAAGGAUCAGCUCAGACAGCGAGAUGGUUCGAUUUCUGUUCUACAAACAAGACACUGGGCUGAACCUUAGUACCCUUGUGUCCGUCCCCUACAACAACUGGUACAUCAGCACAGCAAAGGAAAACAACAAGCCGCUGGGAAUGUGCCUGGAGAACGCCAGACGCCACAGAAACUUCAACAUCCAGCUGCCAGGUGAAACAACUGAGGGUCAGGCCUGAUCCUCUUAAGACGGAAGUUUGGAUAUUGAUUAGUGUAAAUUACACUGCACUAAAAAUAUUUUUUACUCAGAAAAAUCAGCCCAAAAUAUGUAAUUUAUAUUUUUUCAAACCACUAUGACUGAACAACUUUAGCAUGUUUUAAAGAUGAUCUUUUUACUGUAUGUACCAAGUACAGAAAGUGAAACGCUUAAUGUAUUGACUUAGUCAAGUAUGACCACAAGGUGGCAUUAUUGUGCUGCAGGCAGGGUGAGUACCCUGCGGAUUAUGCAGAAUAAUAUGACACACUGGUAAAGUGUGUUAAUCUAUUAAUUUAAUCUAUUUAUACACAACUUUAAACUAUAUAUUUAUUUGAAAACCUGCUUGCUACUAUUUUUGAAAUGAUGUACAAUGAAUCUAUAAUAAAACUUCAUAAUUUAAAGUA